GUGAGGAGCAUCCUCCCAAGGUUGAAGAAAAAGCGGAUGAGAGCCUGGAAGCUUUUGUGCCCAGGAGACGGAGCAUAUUUCACAUUGAAUGGUCAUCCAUACGGAGGAGAAGUAGUAAAAUAUUUGGAAGACCUGAACAUCAAGAGAGACAAAGCAAGGAUCAGUUUCCAUAUCCCUACCGAAAGCCCACCCACGAAUUUCUUGAUCUCAGUAACAGCAUGGAAGACAGUACUGAGAUCAAGGUGGAAACAAGCGUGACCAAGACCUCUCGGAUCCAAAAUUCCUUAGCCACUGGUGGGAAAAGACUCAGCAAAGCCUUCAGUUACAUUACAGGAGAAAUGAAGGAAUGUGGAGAGGGGCUUAAAGACAAGUCUCCAGUAUUCCAGUUCCUGGAUUGGAUCUUAAGGGGAACAUCUCAAGUCAUGUUUGUGAACAAUCCUCUCAGUGGUCUCAUCAUCAUUCUUGGCCUCUUUGUCCAGAACCCCUGGUGGGCCAUCUCAGGCUGUUUGGGAACCAUCAUUUCUACUCUGACAGCCCUUAUCCUGAGUCAGGACAGGUCAUCAAUUGCAGCAGGACUUCAUGGCUACAAUGGAGUACUAGUGGGCUUGCUGAUGGCUGUGUUUUCAGAGAAAGGGGAUUAUUACUGGUGGCUUUUGCUCCCUGUCAUUGUUAUGUCCAUGACCUGCCCGAUUCUUUCCAGUGCCCUGGGCACCAUCUUCAGUAAAUGGGACCUCCCAGUCUUCACAUUGCCAUUCAACAUUGCUGUGUCACUGUACAUGGCAGCCACGGGUCAUUACAACCUCUUCUUCCCCACGAUUCUGGUGCAGCCCAUCACCUCAGUGCCCAACAUCACCUGGUCUGAGGUCCAAGUGCCUCUGCUUUUGAGAGCCAUUCCAGUUGGAAUUGGUCAGGUGUAUGGCUGUGAUAACCCCUGGACUGGAGGCAUUUUCCUGAUAGCUCUUUUCAUAUCUUCACCACUUAUUUGUUUGCACGCUGCAAUUGGAUCUACCAUGGGGAUGUUAGCAGCCCUCACUCUGGCAACACCUUUUGAGUCAAUCUACUUUGGCCUAUGGGGAUACAACAGUACACUGGCCUGCAUAGCAAUAGGAGGAAUGUUCUAUGUCAUCACCUGGCAGACACACCUCCUUGCAAUCACCUGUGCACUGUUUGCAGCCUACCUGGGAGCUGCCCUCACCAACAUGUUAUCUGUGUUUGGAUUGCCCCCGUGCACCUGGCCCUUCUGUCUGUCAGCACUCACCUUCCUAUUACUGACGACCAACAACUCCGCCAUCUACAAGCUACCACUCAACAAAGUUACUUACCCAGAAGCCAACCGGCUCCACUACUUGUCUCAGGAAAGGAACCGGAGAGCUUCCAUCAUGACCAAAUACCAGGCCUAUGUAGUUUCCUAACCUACCACCACACAACCACAACAAACCUUUUGUUCUCCAGAGCCAGAUCUUUCUCGUAUAGAAAGUCCAUUCCACCAACCCCUCCUGGGCAUUCUAUAUUCCUUUGCAGCAAGCAAUCCAUGAUAAUUAAUUUUAAUUGCUAAUCAUCGUCCAAGAAACAAGUAAUUUUAAACUAUGUGAUAUAUAAUCCUUAUAGUAUUAUUAGUUAGACCUUCUGUUUGUCACAAGCUAGAUUUUGAAGAAUUCAGUUUGGGAAAUUCACUCAUCACUCCACCCACCCCCCUGCCCGCAAAUAAUUCAGUUUUAAAAUUCAAGGCAGACUCUUCAGUUUAAGGACACCAAGGAGGAAAUAAGCCAGUUUCAAAAAUCUAAAAAUGAAAAUCCACAGUAGUAAUUAGUCAUCAGGAGAUUACUAAGCACCUACCUGUUCUCUCGGAUUUAGGGAAGUGGUGAGGCAUUAGACUGGUAUUCAGGAGAAGCAGAUUAUAAUCCCAAUUCUACCCAACCUUCUUAGGUUUUCCUCAGGUUCCUUAUCUCAUGCAAUAAGAGUUGAGCUCCUUCCCAACUCUAAACUGUUCUGAUUCUAAGCUUUUUUAUCACCCCAAACCAACACUUAGUCUUGUCCAAAGCAUGAGGGUUUUGAAUCAUGUUGGAGAUAAAGAAGGUCUAUAAUACCUAGGCAAUAAAAAUAACACCUUUUAAAUGGUAGGAGCUCCUUUCAGCCACGGUUAUGCUGGUAACUCAAGGCUGAAACACUGAUUGAAUCCAUUGUGAAAGCAGGUUUGUCUGCAUCUCAACUGGGAUCCUGGAACCCAUAUCACAGGAUUGCAUUUUCUCCAAGGUGAACCAUAUUGCAAAUUUCUGAAGGAACCUAUUCUUUAAAGCAAAGGACUUUGGGAAUAUAGGAAGAGUCAUCCACCAAUUUAUUUGUCCUAUAAACUGAGUCAACAAGAGGAUGGGUUUUCUAAAAGACCAGUCCUUUCUCCUCCUCUCACACCUUUCCUUCCUUCUCAUUUAAGCAUCAUCUGCUUCAGAUUAUAUCCACAUUUUCAGAGAGAAAUAGAGGCUAGAUUGAGGGCAUGUAACAAUGGGCUUUUUGGUUGGCUGAAAUAUCUGUCUUGGGCACAAAAGAAUUUAUUUAUGGAAAAGACUGGUUUUUCUUUUCAAUUGGAGCUCUUUAUUAAAGAACUUAUAAUCUGCAAUGAGGCUGGAAUGAGGAAAACCUGAGUUCAAAAUCCAGCCUCAGACACUUACUAGAUAGGACUGAAAAAAACCACAGUAACUUGGCGUUAGAAGAGCCUCACUUCUCUCAAACCCACAAAUUACAGACUCACUUCCAUGAUUCCCUCCCUCCCCUCUUUCCUUUUCAUUUCACAAGGUGCUGGGCUCGAGGUUUUAUAGAAACAAUCCCAGCUCUAGUGCCAGCCUCUGACACAUAGAUAGCAAACUUCCUGUUAGGCAAAUGGCUCAUAAAUCACCCAAAUCCCUUUUUAAAAAAAUAAUGGCUUCAACUUCCUCCUCACCUCCUCUGCAUAUCACACAACACACAUGGGUAGGAAUAUAAUCUGCACCUGUGCCAUCUCUCCAAUGUGACCUCUCCAGCUUGCUCUCCUAUACACCUCCCACUUCAAUCAGUUUAAAGAAUGAAGCAAGAAGCAAAGGAGAGAAAGACCAUCCCACUAGUGGUCAGAAGCUUGGGUGGGGAAGGGGAUGCAUCACAAUAUGCUGAGAGUGUACUUGUUUCUGCUGGAAUUAUCAUUCUAUGUUAUUGCUUUAAAAAAAUGUAUUCAAUGAGCACUUAGAAGGCUUUACAGAAUAAAUAAAAUGAAUUGUUUCAUUAA